UCAAUAGCACCCUGAUACACUCGGCGCACACCCACGCCAUGGCGCUGGAGAACUCAGGCUUCCCUUCCCGCCCGGAUUCCCUCUCACUUCCUGUGGAGGAGAAAGGGGACCAGGGAGCGGCGGAGGCGGUCGGCGAGGUCGUCACCUCCACAGGAGUCUUCAGUCUGUCAGAGGAACUGGCCCCCGUCAUUACCACGGAGACAGCACUGUCCCCGCCCAUCCCAGCCAAGGUCAGCAGGUCAUUCCAGGCCAAGCUGGCUGAGAGGGAGGCCAAAGCCAGUCAACCCUCGAAGAAGGCGCAGGGCCCAGAGAAGGAGAGGGGGCGGUUCGGCUGGGCUCGGACUCGGCGUAAGAGGCAGCGCUACGUGGAGAAGAACGGCCACUGCAACGUGCAGCACGGCAACAUGCGGGAGACCUACCGCUACCUGACUGACAUCUUCACCACGCUGGUGGACCUCAACUGGCGCUGCUCGCUCUUCGUCUUCGUCAUGGCCUAUGCAGUCACAUGGCUCUUCUUUGGUGCCAUCUGGUACCUCAUAGCCUAUUGCAGGGGCGAUCUGGACCAUCUGGAGGACACGACGUGGACGCCGUGUGUCAACAAUGUCAAUGGCUUCAUCUCAGCCUUCCUCUUCUCCAUCGAGACCGAGACUACGAUCGGCUAUGGCCACCGUGUCAUCACCGACCAGUGUCCCGUGGGCACCAUGCUGCUGCUGCUGCAGGCCAUCCUGGGGUCCAUGGUCAAUGCCUUCAUGGUGGGCUGCAUGUUUGUGAAGAUCUCACCCAACAAACGAGCCGAGACACUGGUCUUCUCCAAACAUGCCUGCAUCUCUCUGCGGGACGACAGACUGUGCCUGAUGUUCCUGGGGGACCUGCGGAGCUCGCACAUCGUGGGGGCCAACAUGAGGGCCAAACUCAUCAAAUCUAAACAGACGCAGGAGGGUGAAAUUCAUCCGUUGGACCAGACCGACAUCAGCGUGGGCUUUGAGACGGGCGACGACCGACUCUUCCUGGUCUCGCCACUGGUGAUCUCCCACGAGAUUGACACUUGCUCGCCAUUCUGGGACAUAUCGCAGGCCCAGCUGGAGAAGGAGGACUUUGAGAUUGUGGUCAUCCUGGAAGGAAUGGUGGAAGCCACCGGAAUGACCUGUCAGGCGAGGAGCUCCUAUCUGGCGGAGGAGGUUCUGUGGGGUCACAGGUUCAGCCCGAUGAUGUCACUGGCUGAGGGUUUUUUUGAUGUGGACUAUGGGGCCUUCCAUCACACCUUUGAGGUGGAUACGCCUUCCUGCUCAGCACGAGAGCUGGCAUUGGCUGCAGCCAGACUUGACGCUCACCUCUACUGGUCCAUCUCCAGCAAGCUGGACGAAGAGCCCACGCUGGAUAAUCAGGUGGCCAUGCAGCUGGACGGGGGCUCCACCAACGGCAAAGGAGGAGACUCAAACUUUAUUGUUGGAGAAAUGACGGAGAUCCAGGAGCAGUCGGGUCUUGGCGAGCUGAACGGCAGCGUCACCACCGACCAAUCAGAAUCAGAGGCCUAGAUCAGAGAAUGUUUACAGAGACC